AUGCAAGACACCCAAUCACUAACAACUCAGCUCCUCCAUGUCCGGUGGUUUCUAGCAAUGUCUCUUAAUCCUAAAACAGCUGCAACAUUUCAGCUCCUUCACCACUUCCAUAUUCUCAUAUUUGAAUCAAAGGCAUUGGCCUUUGAAUGCUGGCAAACACUGUCAUGGCUAUCUGAUAACUCUGGUGUCAAUCAUCCCAAGGAUCACUACAAAGCACUGCUUCGAAUGAUUAAAGAAUGGUGGAACUUGACAUUGCUCAAACGAUUUGGUCGUGGGCAUGAUCUUGAAGGUAUUGGUGCCACUCAACCUGGUUCUUGUGCCAUCCUCUGCCCUGCUUGUCCCCAUAUUUGUAUGUAUUAUCCAUUGAUGUAG